UUAAUGUAGCAGUUUAUUUGCCUUUGGUUUCCCUUUUCCCCAGUGGGUUUUUGGAUUUGAGCCGGGUCUUUCUCUUUCGCGGUGGGAAAGUCCAGGCGUGCAGUACGUGAGGCUCAGCCGCCGCCUGCCCGUGGCGUCUCUGCCGACUCCGGGGGCGGUGUAAACAAUGGACUUCCGUUCGGGGUGUAAUUACUGUCAUGUCACAAAAAUGUUAUCCGUCAGCAUUUCAUGUGCGGGCAGAAAACUGUGCUGCCUGAGCGCCCAUUUUGGCUCACAGACUCGUUUGUCCAUUUACACUCAGAGCCUCGCGUUGAGCCCCAAUGGCGUCAGAUUCAGCCCUGCAAGGCCAAGCCUCCCGCUGCUCCUCUAUUGUCGACAUCGCAGCUGUGGAGGCGGGGUUACACCGGCUUCCCGAGGUUUGAUUGGACGGAGCCUCUGAAGAAGGGCUGUGACCCGGCCGUGGCCACGCCUCCCUCCGGCGCCGCGGCCCCGCGCAGGCGCAGUGAGCUCCCUCCUGAGAGCGGUGUGUAUUUACCCCGAAUCCAAGAUGGCUUCCCUGAGUCUUCCCGGAUCGUAAGCGAGCGAACCAGAAACGCCAAAGCGCUACUUUUUGUACUUCACAAGCCUCGCAGAGCCCCUCAGCCUGAGCAGGAAGGGAGAGAGCCACCCGCCCCCGAAAGCAGGGCACGACUCUCAGCUCCUCCCGGGCGGUGCGCGGUUGCACAGCCGAGCCGCAGCGCAGCUCGCCGGCGGCCGGGCAGCGAGGUGAGGCGCCAUGGCCGAGCCCAGGAAGGUCCCCUUCGUCACCCUCUCCUCGCCGGAGCCCAGGAAGCGGCGGCGGGAGGACGAGGCCGGCAGCCCCGGGGACUUGCAGCCCGGCGGCGGGGGAGCCGGGGUGCUGCUGGCCAAGGACAGCGGGGAGGUGGCGGCGGAGCGGCGAGGCAUCACCGUGCGGCUGAACCUGCGGCUGUCCGAGCCCAGCGACCAAGCCUCGGCCGAGUUCAACUACUGCGAGCUGCUGCAGGCCCUGCAGUCCUCAGAGUCUGCCCCCUUUGACCCCAGCGACCCCUUUGGCGACGAUGAGAAGGAGCGACGGGAAGUGGAGGCCCUGGCGAGGAAGUUCGAGUCCAAAUAUGGCGGCGCAGGGAAGAAGAGGAGAAAAGACAGACUGCAGGACCUGAUCGAUAUCGGCUUCGGGUACGACGAGACUGACCCAUUCAUCGACAACUCCGAGGCUUAUGAUGAGCUGGUUCCAGCCUCCUUGACCACCAAGCUGGGGGGCUUCUACAUCAAUACCGGCACCCUGCAGUUCAGACAGGCCUCUGAGUCUGAGGGAGAGGAGGGUGAGAGGAAGAGCAAGCAUUAUAGAAAGAUGAAGGACGGUGAGGACCGAGCGAUGAAGAAGAGAAAGAGGAAGGAUGAGGGCAGCAGCCUGGAGAAAGAGAAGAAGCCAAGAAAGAACAGAGUACCCAAACAGCCAGGUGUGUCGGCCCUGAACGCUCACCGACCGGACAAGAAGAAGAGGAAGAAGCUGAUGAAGGACUCUCUGUCCCUGGCGGCCAUGCUGCGCCGCUUCACGCGCGAGAAGGAGGAGAUGCGCAAGAAGCAGGCGCUGUCGGGCGCCGCGCUGCCCCCCCCGCAGGCCCGGCCCGUGCCGCCGCCGCCCCCCCCCAGCGCUGCGCCCGCCGCUGCAGCUGAACUGGCGCCCGACCCCGCUGUCAUGUCCCUGCUGGGCUCGGCCACCGACGGUGACAUGCUGCAGGACCUGCUGGCGGAUCUGGACUUCGACCGCCUGCUGGACGCGUCCCCGACCCGCAGCCCCGAGGAGAACGGCGCGCUCCCGGGGGCGGCGGCCAAGGGGGGGCCCCUGGGCCCCAGGCAGGGUGCAGGGCUGCUGUCGCCCCCCCCGCUCCCCGAGGGCUUGCCCGCGCCCCUCCUGAAGCGCAUCGAGGACCUGCGAGCGGCGUCUCGGCAGUUCGAUGAGGAGGGCAGGAAGAAGUUCUUCACUCUGGACAUGAACAACAUCCUCCUGGAGUGAGUUUCUCUGAUUCAGUC